UCAACCAGGAGCAUCUUUUCUCUCACUCUCUGUUUGAAGAAUUGAAGAUGAAGCUUGCUGUGUUGGUUUCCCUGCUGGUUAUUGUACCAUUCCAGGUCGUAACUGCAUCAUGUGUCGGUAGAACCGUGGAAGUGUGGGUAGCCAAUGGCCAGUCUCUUACAGGGGAUGGACCCUUAAGCGAACCAGAUCCCUAUGUUAAGGUGAACAUCGGUAGUGACAGAAGAAAGACCACUGUCAUUCAUUCAAAUGCCAACCCAUCCUGGUGGCAGAAGUUUCUGUUUUACAAUGCUGGCAGCGACAUGAUGAGAAUAGAAAUCUGGGAGGCUGAUUCUGGACUUCGUGGCGAUGAUGACCACCUGGGAACAUGCAUGGAGCAACUUGUGCAUGGAGGUUCACAACUUCGCAGUGUACUAUGCAGGGCCAAAGACCAAGGUUUUGUCAGAGUCUUGUACAAAUGUUACUAGAUGUAAGCUACUCUUGGAAAUAAAAGAGCACAUCAAGAGUUUAAGAAAAUACACUUUCUCUUGGCAGGCUUAACUGUACAAAAUAACUAAUGUUGUGACAUUUUGUGACAAAUUGUUAAAUUGCAUGGUCCACUUUCUUUCUGUAAGACAUUUGGACUGUAAAUGACAACAUUAAUGAAUAAAAUCCAAUCAAACCUAUAA